AGAAAAAAAACACACAGGCUGCACAGUGCAUAGGGCGACCGAGCCGCCACAAAUCUCCGUCCGUAACAUUAACCCUCAAAUCUUUCACAACGUUCGUGCGCAUCGAUAAACACCCUACGCGUUCCGCUUCCACAUUUAAAACGUCGCCAAAAAGAAGCGCUGCGUGACGCGAAAUGUCUUUGUUUAUCUGUGCGUUUUCUCUGUCGUCUCAGCGUCGCCGAAAGUCCAGUUCGGUUUUUACGUGAAGCUCCAAAAAUCUAUGAAAUGUGUUUGCAUGUUCUUCUGGAUGUAGAGGUGGGAUUGCGAGAAUCGAAAGGUUGGUGAGCCCACACGCUCAGCUUCCCAGAAAGUACGUUUAGCAAUAAUUCACUAUUCUCUUCCUCACGCGCUCGGCUCGGUCGAAGGCUAUAUCAUUUCUGGAAGUGAAGAAUAAGCUUUUUCUCCCUUCUUUUUGCCAUCAAUCUCUACGACAGGCUUGGAGAAGGGGCGCUCGGACAGUGGAAGCCCUCCCCUCUGCUCGGAUCUGCCUUGGUAGUUUACAGGUUGCCGGCGGAAAGAUGUGGAUGAGGGCUGAAGUCUAGAGUCGAGGGCAUCGGGGUCUGCCUGCCAUUGGCCGGCCAUUUUGCCCGUUAAGGGGAGGCUCCACCCUCACCUGGGCACUGAGUGGAUUGCGAGCGCUGCCUGGCUCCUCCCUCGUCAGCCCCGUCCCCUCCCCAACCCCACCCCCCCUCCCACGCUCACACCCCGGGGCUGGACCAUGUCUGGCGGACAGCCGGAGGGCAGCCGGACACCCAAGGCCCAGGACCAGGACACGGACCAGGACCAGGACAAGCGCAGUUGUGGGGAGGACAGCCCCGUUAUCGAACGCCGCAACCGGAGCGGCAUCAUCAGCGAGCCCCUCAGCAAGAGCCUGAAGAGGUCUCGCACCCUCUCGCAGUACACCGCCGCAUGCCCCCAGACCGCCAACGGACUGAAACACAACGGCCAGGCCAAGAGCCACGCGGCCAAGCCCCAGCCCGCCCAGCAGCAGCCGCAGCAGCCUUCCGCCUCGGCCUUGGUGCCGAGCAAGCUGGACCGAACCCUGGAGCAGGUGCUGGAGGGACAGAACGGCCUGUUGCACUUUGCCCAGGCAGCUGCGCUGCUCAAGCGGGCGGGCAUGGAGCACAUGCUGCUGCCGGGGGGAAUGGGAGUGGGCGUGGGCGGGGGCGAGGUGGGGACGGUCGACCUGGAAGGAGCGUCGGUGGCCGACACGGUGGGGGGUCACACAGAUUUCCCGUACGGCGUGGGUGGAGGCGGCUUCCCCUUCAACCCAGGGCUGUUCAUCAUGACGCCUGCCGGAGUCUUCCUCGCCGACAGCGCGCUGCACAUGGCUGGCUUGACGGAGUACCCAGUGCAAAGCGAGCUGGCCUCCGCCAUUAGCUCCGGGAAGAAGAAAAGGAAACGCUGUGGGAUGUGCCCACCUUGCCGGCGCAGGAUUAACUGCGAGCAGUGCAGCAGUUGCCGGAACCGCAAGACAGGCCACCAGAUCUGCAAGUUCCGCAAGUGCGAGGAGCUCAAGAAGAAACCGUCUGCUGCACUGGAGAAGGUGAUGCUGCCGACGGGCGCGGCGUUCCGGUGGUUCCAGUAGGACUGUGACCUCUGACCUCCACCCAAAGCUCUGCCAUCAAGUGCAAUGCCAACUCUCGCUUGGAUCAUCUCGGGCACCAACACUGGCUGACAAACACAAACUACGUGAAAAAAAGAGAAACACAAGACAACUAUGAAAAAAAAAACUUCAUCACAAGAUACAGAACAAUAAAACAACAAUACAAAAAGAAUCAAACGAGUAAUGGAUGCACCUACUUAUUCCUUGAACCAAAAAUUAAACAUAAAUAAAAAUAUCUAUGGCAACUUUCAUUCCCUUUUAUAUGUUUCCAUUUUGGUACCUUUUUGUCCCUUUUCCAGCAGAUUUUUUCUGUGGCUUAGACAUGGAACUGUUCAUUGACAAACAGAAAUGGCGGACUCAGUGUGGACAAUCAACAAAAUUUCUGUGUUUGGUGUUAAUGUUGUUCACGUGUGGAAAGAUACAGUACUUGUGUAGAGAAUGUAAAUUUUACGGCUAUAUUUUAAAAUUAGUGGCUAAUGGCAAGCACUAUUGUAAUUUAGGACCAUUGUUCUUACUUAAAAACUGUAUUUUAUGAUUGUUUCUUUUUUUUUAGUUUGAUUUAAAUUCAUAGUUUUAAAAACUGAUCAAUGUUUGUCUUUCAAGGGAGAGUAAAUAUUCCAAAAUCUACAAAUCCAGUUUUCUGAAUGAACAAAUAUGCAUAAAAAAAAAAAAACCCUACUCUGACAACGACUUAAUUGGAAGAUAAAAUUGUCAUUGUUUCUGUAGGGUUGUUACUACUGGAAGCUCCAAACUUUAAAUAUUUCAAUUUGUUUUACUGUGCUGACAGCCUUUUGUUAUAUUAUGUCAGAUUACAUCAUAUCACGUCACGUAAUAUCACGUCGAAUCACGUUCCAUGUGAUGUUACGUUUUAUUACGGCUCGUCACAUUAUUGUUCUCAGUGUACAGGUCUGAAUUUUUACAGAGCCCUCCACAGCACUUGCUUGGCUCUAUUGAACGCACUGAAAAAGAUUGAACUUUUUUUGUUUUGUUUUGUUUUGUUUUGUUUUGAUGACAUUGCCGGUAGCUACAUCUUUUAAAAAAAGCAGCAAUGUUUGUAUUGGAUUAGAACUAUGGGCUGGUUUUGUGAAUAAAAACAAAUGCAUGUAUUUGUGUCGAAAAUUUACAGCUCUGACGUCUGUCUAUUUGCAUGUUUUUUAAGAAACAGCAACAAACGUACAAAAAAAAUUAUAACAAUAUGGAAAUGUUCGCAGAAUCUUCUAGGUUGUUCCCUUUUCCAUUCAAACAGUAAAAUAAAAAGCAAUGGGACAAAAUAUGUCAUUUUGAGAUGCGAUAAAGAUGUUUUAUCAAGA